UAAGGCUUGUUUUACUCGCGAAGAUUUAAUUCUUUUAAUUCAUACGUAGGAUUAAUAAAUAAUGGACGAAUUCAAAACGCCUACUUCUAAAAAAUCAAAAAUUAAAGGAACAAAUAAUGAAGAAUUAAAUACACCUAUAAAAAUUCCUUCUUCACCAUUUCUUAAAGAAAUAGGUUAUGGAUGUGGAGUGACCUUAUUUAAAUUAGAAAGAUCUCCUAAAGUUGGAUUUACACGAUCUCCAUGGGCAAUAAAAAAACGUAAUAGAAAUAUUACGGACGAUACGAGAUAUAAUUCAAGAAUUAUAUUCGAGGCAAAUAUUCUUAAAAAAUUGGAGCAUCCGAACAUAGUUGGAUUUAGAGCAUUCACUUAUGGAUUGAAUGGAGAUCCCUGCCUUGCUAUGGAAAAAUUAGAUAUUUCUUUAGGUGAUUUGAUUGAAGAGAAAGUUGAUGCUGGAGAACCACAAUUUUCAGCAGAAAAAAUAUUAAAAAUUUCGUAUGAAAUUGUAAAGGGCUUAGAAUAUUUACAUCACACAGCAUACAUACUUCAUGGUGAUAUAAAAAGUUAUAAUAUUUUAAUUUCAAAAGAUCACAACAUUGUAAAAAUUUGUGACUUUGGUGUUUCUGUACCUUUAAACAAAUCUUUGGAAGUCGACAUGAAAAAUGGAGAAUUUUCAUAUAUUGGUACAAGAUGUUGGAGUGCUCCAGAAGUUAUUAAUGAAGAGGGGCCAAUUACAAACAAAGCAGAUAUAUGGGCAUAUGGUCUUGUUCUUUGGGAAAUGAUAGCAUUGUCACCUCCACAUGUUGAAAAUGCAGACAAAUCAAUGAGUAUAUGUACAGACAAUUCCAUGCUUGAGUGUAAAUCGAUUGAUACCAGUAAAGAAAAUAAUGAUCGAAAUUUAAAUACUGAAGAUAGUUUUAUUCAAAGUUUGAAGGAUCCGGAUGAUAGUAAUUAUGGCACAAGACCCCCAUUACCUGCUAUAAAUCUUGGCCCAGAGUAUGAUAGAGUACUUGAAAUAUUUUGUAUUUGUACAGACACAGAUUUCAAAACGAGACCAAGUGCAAAAGGUGUUAUUUCGUUUUUCAAAUAUUGUGUUCGAGACAUUACUGAUAAAAUAUAAGACGUCUUGUAUAUAUG